AUGAAGAGGAGAUGGCAAGAGCUGAGGGCGCUGCAGGCGCAGCAGGUGGCGGAGGCGGAGGGCAUGGGGGGAAAGGGGCAGGAGAUGGAAAGGCGGAGGGUGACGCGAGGGGAAGGCAAGAGGCGGAGGGAGGAAGGGGAUGAAGGUAGUGGUAGGGGGUUGAGUGUGAGCAGGGGAGUAGCGAGGGGCAGGGGAGUGGAGAGUGGCAGGGGAGUGGAGAGCUAUAGGGGAGUAGAGAGAGGAACAGGACGGAGGGGGAUGAGGAGGCAAGAGGAGGAAUGGGAGUGGAGUGAGGAAGGGGACGAAGCGGAUUGGAGUAGUGGGGAAUAUGUUAGCGGGUCUUCUGAUACUUAUGAUACUGAUGAUACUGAUGAUACUGAUGGUACUGAUGAUACUGAUGAUGACGAGGAAGAGGAGGAACAGGAUGAGGGAGAGGAUGAGGGAGAGUAUGCGGGAGUGGAUGAGGGAGAGGAUGAGGGAGAGGAUGAGGAUGAAGUAGAAGAGAUGAGGAUGGUCGAAUCAGAGGAGGGGAAUGAACCGGAAGAGGGGAGUGAAUCGGAGGAAGACGGGGAGGAAGAGGAGGAGGAGAAUGAGGAGGACGGUGUUUGGGAGGUCAGGAAAAGAAGUGAUGCAAAUGAGGAGUGCAGUGAGGAGGGGAGUGAGGAGAGGAGUGAGGAAGAGGAAGCGGAGGAAGAGGAGGCGGAGGAAGAGGGGGAGGAAGAGGAGGCGGAGGAAGAGGAAGGGGAGGAAGAAGAGGAAGAAGAGGAAGAAGAGGAAGAAGAGGAAGAGGAAGGGGAGGAAGAGGAGGGAAGGGGGGAGGAGGAGGAUGAUGACCUUGCAAUGCCAUCCUCACCCGCUACCACCAAUGUGGCAGUCAUCCAUGCGCCUAUUCGUGUUUUCCUGCCAGGGAAUGCAUGCGGACAGCGGCGCCAUGCAGAUGUGUCUGAAGCUUCUCAUCAAGGGGCAGGCUUGGGGGGGGAUGAAAAUGGCGGAGUGCGAAAGAAGGCUAAAUGGUCCCGUUGGUCGGGGUUCACACGGGAAGAAACGUUUGAAGUGCGGAGAGCUGCUGCCAAUGGGUUGGUGGAUGUGAUGGCUUCUGGAAUGGCUGCCGUUUGCCACCUGGAAGAGUUUGUCGCGGUUUCUGCAAUCCAUGUGACUGGAGUGGUGUCAGUGGAAGAAUUGGAGCAACGCCUGAAGGGGGAAGUGGAACGAAUUGUUGAGAAGCAAAGGCGGAGCAGUCAGAAAUUGGCAAAGGAUUUGGAAGGGGCAUAUGCAGAGUGUGCUGCGAUUCUCAAGGAGACACUAGAGAAGGUUGAGAAAGGGUGA